AUGUCUGUCCAGGACGGCUCUCGGUUCGACUUCAUUGUCGUCGGCGGUGGAACUGCUGGCAACAUUGUAGCCGCGCGACUGGCGGAGAGCCGCAACGUUCGGGUUCUGAUCGUCGAGGCUGGUAUUGGCGACUCGAUAGACAACGAAGAUAUCCGCACCCCCGCGAUGGCCAUGGACCUCCGUGGUACCAAGUACGAUUGGGGCUUCAAGACGACCAUGGUCAAGCGCGAUGACUACGAGCGCAUUGAGAAGCCCAACACUCGUGGCAAAGCUCUUGGUGGCAGCUCGUGUCUAAACUACUUCUCCUGGGUGCCAGGCUCUAAGGGCACCUUUGAUAUGUGGGAGGAGUAUGGCGGCAAGGAGUGGACUUGGGAACCACUGGUCCCAUACCUCCGGAAGAGCGUUACCUACCAUGACGAUGAAGGUCUGUUCCCGCCCGAACUCAAGUGUAUUGGUGCCGGCGGCCCGAUUCCCAUUUCCCAUGCCGAGCUGCUACCCGAGAUGAAGGAGUUCCGUGAGCGUCUUGUCCAGGCCUGGAAGUCCACCGGGGAGCCCGUUACCGAGGACAUCUUUAAUGGCGAAAUGCGCGGUCUUACUCACAGCGUUAACACGAUCUACAAAGGUCGGCGAUGCGGAAGCUUCCUCGCUCUUGUCGGCAAACCCAACAUCACCGUCCUUUCUGAAGUGUUCUCCAAAUGCCUCAUCGUUGACUGUGCCGAUCGUUGCGUGAAGGGUGUGACGGUCAUCAACGGCUGUGGCCAGGAAAUGAGCUUCUAUGCCACACGUGAAGUCAUUGUCUCCCAGGGUGUCUUUGAAACCCCCAAGCUCCUGAUGCUUAGCGGCAUCGGCCCGGCUGCAGAACUGGCUCGACACAAUAUCAAGCUCAUCGUGGAUUCCCCCCAUGUUGGCCAGCACCUUCUGGACCACCCCGGAGUUCCGUUUGCCCUUCGGGUCAAGGACUCUUUCUCCAUGGAUAGCCAAGUCCUACGCACCGGUCGUUGCCAGGACGAAGCUCGGGAAGUAUAUGCUAAGGAGCAAUCAGGCCCAAUGGCCUCGCCUUUCCUCGAAAUGAUUGGCUUCCCUCGCAUCGACAGCUACCUUGAAAAAUCUCCUGAGUACUGUGCCGCAAAGGCUGCUAAUGGUGGCCGUGAUCCAUUCUGCCCGUACGGACAACCUCACUUUGAACUUGAUUUCAUCCCCCUGUUUGGCAGUGCGUUCCAGUGGCACUUCCCCCACCCUAGGAAGGGCAGCUACAUGACCGUCAUGGUUGACCUCGUUCGACCCGUCUCGGAGGGCGGAGAGGUUACACUCAACAGCGCCGACCCACUGGAGCAGGCCAACAUCAACCUGAACUACUUCAACAAUGACUUGGACAUCAUUGCCAUUCGGGAGGGCAUCCGAUACGCCUAUGACGUUCUCACGCAUGGCGACGGCUUCAAGGAUAUUGUGGAGGACGAGUAUCCCUGGGAGAUGCCGUUGGAUGACGAUGAGGCGAUGAAGAGAACUGUGCUCGAUCGGUCUCAGACUUCCUUCCAUCCUUGCGGCACAGCCCGCCUGUCAAAGUGCAUCGAACAAGGGGUUGUGGAUCCUCGCCUCAGGGUCCACGGAAUCAAGAAUCUGCGUGUCAUCGACGCCUCGGUCAUCCCCGUCAUUCCAGACUGCCGGAUCCAGAAUUCAGUCUACAUGGUUGCCGAGAAGGGCGCCGAUGCCAUCAAGUGUGACCACCGAGACCUCUACUGCUAA